GGAAGCCCAUCAUGUGGCAAAGAGUCAUGGGCAGAGCAUGGGGCUUCCGCCUGGUAUUCUUGCGCGGGCCUGGCCACCCUUUGAAGAGGAUCUUUCCGAAAAACUACGGCCGAAGAGGACUGGUAACGAUGUCAGUCACUCCUGCUGUAGGCUUGGCAGAUCAGCCCGCGAAAAUGACGAUCGAAGGACUGGCGCCUUUGCAGGGAGUGACGCUCCGGGCGCUAGUAGUGAACGGGCAGGGCAGCCUCUUCGACGCCUGCGCACAUUACCAAGCGGACCAGCACGGAGGAAUAGACCUGUCCAAAGAUGUUUCUAAGGGAGGGGACUAUGUCGGACUUGAGCCCAUGGGGCUGUUUUGGAGCCUCUCCCCCGCUACCAUAGAGAAGCCUUACCAAAGGCUGGAGCCCGAGGACGUGGAGAGUCCCGUGAAAGUGCAGAUCACGGUACAUCAGGAAUAUAGUCAGCCUGGGACCAUCCCGGGACAGGUGCUUGCUCAAACGAGCGUGGAAAGGUGGUUCACUCUUCCUGGCGUGAGAAGGAUUAGGUUGAAAGAAGGUGCGAUCAGAGGCAGCUUGUUCCUUCCGCCAGGGAACGGCCCAUUUCCAGGUGUGAUAGACAUGUUUGGUGAUGAAGGUGGGUUAAUCGAAUUCCGAUCCAGCCUUCUGGCAACCCAUGGCUUUGCAGCUCUUUCCUUGCCAUAUUUUAAUUUUGAGGAUCUCCCAAAAGUCAUGGAUGAUUUCCAUCUUGAAUAUUUUGAAGAGGCAGCCAGGUUUUUGCUGCGCCAUCCGAAGGUUAAAAAACCAGGAAUUGGUGUUAUUGGAACUGGGAAAGGAGGAGAACUGGCUUUGUCAAUGACGACCUUCCUUCCAGAAGUGGUGGCUGCUGUCUGCAUUUCUGGCUGCAGCUCCAUCACUGCCACUGCCCUUCAUUAUGGAAAACAGACCCUGCCUGGGCUUUGCUUUAAUAUGAGCAGGAUCAAAAUUUUGGACAAUGGAAUAUUUGAUAUUUACGAAGCUUUGGAUGACCCAAGGAAUCCAGCCAAUUCACAGUCCCGGAUCCCCAUUGAAAAGGCAGAAGGACAUUUCCUUUUUGUGGUCGGAGAGGAUGAUCACAAUUGGAAGAGCUCCUUGUAUGCUGAAAUAGCUACUACGUGCCUACACCAGCAUAAGAAGGCCAAUUUUAAACUCUUGAGUUACCCUGGAACAGGCCAUCGAAUUAAUCCAUCUUUUUUUCCUGUUUGCCUGGUAGCUUUAGACCGUGUUCUAGGGGUGCCUAUUCUGAGCGGUGGAGAGAACAAAGCUCACGCUUAUGCCCAGGAAGAUUCUUGGGGGAAGAUUCUUGAGUUCCUGAAUUUGCACUUGAGAUCAGACGAGCAGGCAGAUGGUUGAAUACUGAAACAAAUUGAGAAAAAAAGU